AUGUUGGUCAGGACUAUAAUUCUUGUGAUAGGCGCUGGUUUUAUUGGGGCCAUACCCGUGCACCGUGACGAACUCGAUCCACCCAGUUGUGCUGUUAACAUAUCGUUGUCUUGCGACUUCACUGCAUGCCACGGAUCACAGACUCAAUGCCAUAAAAAGUAUAUGGCGGAAAAGAAAGUUGUGCUUCAGCAGAUCACGCGUUUAAGACAAAAAAUUAAAGCCAUCAUGAAAAAACAGGGAAGAAUACGCUAUCAAUCAACGCUCCGAAGUGACCUACCGAGACUGUUUCCUGAGUUGAUUAAGGGCAAACGUUUGGAAAAUGGCUUUAAACCAAUUAAACGAGUGUUGGAGGCGGUGUACACUUAUUCAGUCCAACUUUCAGAAAAAGAACAUUCGAAUCCCCUUAAGAAUGGUUCUAAGAAGAGAUUGCUACAAAUACAAAGACUUGUGAUGCAUAUUUUGUGUCGCGUAUAUAGGAAUGAAGGUCUCAAACAAAAGAAGGAAAUCGAGAGUAUUUGCGUAAGCCCUGAUGCUAUAUAUAUUCAGUCAACUUUUAGGGUGUUCGAAAAUUUACUUUCUAAGAUCGGUACCCAUAAAAUUAGAGGUAAACGGCGAUGUAAACCACAAAAAAGUAACUGACAAUUGCCUAAUUCGGAUGAAAGCUUUUUAAGUCCUUGAAGUACGGCCAUUUCAUAUGAACAGUGUUCAUGUUAAUGAUGUGUUCAUAUUUAUUUUGAAUGUGUUCGUCUCACUUUAUUAUCUCCCCUUUACAGUAAUCCAUUUUUCUUUCUUACUUAUA